UGACCGCGCACGUGACCGCGCGCAUGGCGGCGCUGGCGGGAGGGCGGCGAGCGGGGCGCGCCCGGCGGCGGCGGGGCAAGAAGGAGGAGGAUGAUGAGGAGGAGGAAGGGGAAGGCGGCCCCGGAAUAGAAGCGGUGCUGCGGCGGCUGCGAGAGGCGCGGGACGAUCUGCUGAGCUCCGGCUUCUGGGCGGCGAGCGCCGGAGCCGUGCGGGCCCCGCUGAGCUCGGAGCCACCCGCCCGCUGCGUGUGCUACGGGCUGGGCCGCUUCGGGCGCUGCCCCAUCGCCCGCUACCAGCUCGCCUUCCUGCUGCUGCUGCUGGACGAGCUGAGGGUGCCGCCCGCACGCUGUGCACUGUUCGACCCGGCCUUCUCAGCGCGGGAGGCGGCGGCGCUGCGAGCGCUGGGGCUGUGCCUGCUCCCCGAGAAUGAGGAAGGGAAGCACGGCAUCGAGGGUGUGACCACACUGUUCUACAUGGUGCACUGCGGGAAGGCCCUGUACAACAACUUGCUGUGGAGCAACUGGAGCCCAGCGGCGCUCUCCAAGCUGGUCAUCAUCGGGAACAGCUUCCGAGGGAUCGAGGAGAGAUUGCUGUCCAGAAUCUUGGAGAGAGAUUAUUCUUACAUAGCAAAGGUCUUGAAAGGAGUGGAGGAAGUGGCACUCCCCAGUCACCCACGCUACCUGGACACCUUCAAUGACACCUCUGUGCACUGGUUUCCCUUGGAUAAACUGCAGGAGCUCUCCCCUGAGGUCUGGGACUUUGUGGAAGAGCCAAUGUACCAAGAUUGUGAGGACCUGGAGAUCAUCAGGAAGGGGGAGGAAGCUACUGCCAAGUCCUGACCAUCCCUGUGGUGGCAGGGCUGGGAUCCACAUCUCUUCCCAUGGAAGCUUCUGUGCACCUAAGAUGGAGCUCAAGUAGCAACUGUGGCAUCAGGCUCUGUCCAAAAUGGCAGCACCUGGAUGCUGAGGUGAUGGGACAUUUUUGUAUUUUAUUUAAUAAAAAAGUAAAGCUGAGCUUUGAUUUACA